AUAUACGCAACGCAGUGCCUUCUGACAAGCAUUGCAUACUGGAUGAUAACGUUAUUAUAACAACCUUGCUUCUUCUGAGAAACGAAGAAUUUUUCACGGAUACUGGCAACUGCGUCUUUGAUCGACUGCUCUGCGAAUUUUUUGGUGUCCGUCACGAAGCAUCAGCUCUGCAGACAAGGUAUGUGGUGCACUUCUGGUGUCUCUUAUACGUGAUAUCCACAUUCUGAGAGAAGACUUUCAGCGUAACUAAAGAGCAAGCGGAAAGUCUUUGCAGUGGGAACUUCAGUGCUCCUGAAUCGCCAUAUAUACCACGUGGCUAACAUUCGUGGCAUACACAUUGCUCUCCGCUGUGCGUGCCGCAUGGCCUGAAGGACCACGCACAAACGCGAGUCUUCGACCAUGAAGCGACUCUCCACUGCUGCUGCUGUUGUGCUCUUCUUCUUGAAUAGCUUGUGCCAUAGCGUAUCUGAGAAAAAAGAAGACACAGUGACCUCGCAAUUGAAUCUGACGAUUAUGCAUACCAACGACAUACACUCGCACAUCGAGCAGAGCACAAAAUACGGCGGAGUGUGUCCCGAGGAUGAUAUGAAAAAGAAUAAGUGCGUCGGAGGUGUCGCCAGGAUUGCUGCCAAAGUUAAAGAACUGAAAUCUCAAUAUCCCGGUGCACUAUUUAUGAAUGGUGGAGACUUCUAUCAAGGAACUCCAUGGUACACCAUAUUAAAGGACAAGAUAGUUUCAGCAGUUAUGGCGGCAAUGCGAUACGACUACGUGUGUCUAGGGAAUCAUGAGUUUGACGAUGGACCGAAAGGCCUUGCACCAUUCUUGAGAGCUAUGCAGAACGCUAACGUCAAUGUGGUCAACACCAACGCUGAUUUUUCGAAUGAGGAUGUCUUGAAGAACAUCAGCCUACCAAAAUCUGUCACCAUCACAAUAAAUGGCACAAAAGUUGGAAUUGUUGGAGCAGUGCUUCAUGAAACAGCAGUACUUUCAAAUCCAGGAAAUGUCAAGUUCGAGAACGAUUUAGAGAGCAUUAAGAAGGAAGCAAAACAGCUCGAUGGAAACGGCACAAAGAUCAUUAUCGCUAUCACGCACUGUGGCUAUCCUCGCGAAUUGGAAAUUGCGGCGCAAGUACCCGAGGUUGAUAUUAUCGUAGGGGGCCACACGAACACAUUUUUGUAUCACGGAGACGGAUAUCCUCCCGAAAACAAACCCGAGGGAGACUACCCAACCGUUGUGAACAGAACAGGAAAUGGCCCUGCUCUAAUUGUCCAAGAUUUCUGGUUCGGAAAGUACCUAGGGUUUUUUCAGGUUACGUUUGAUGAACAAGGCAAAGCAGUAGCAUGGAGCGGAAACCCAAUUCUCAUGAACGCAUCCGUGAACGAAGACAAUGACACGUUGGCAGUUGUCGAAAGAUACAAGCCAAACGUCACCGCUGCGAUGAAAGAGGGCAUCGGCUACACGAAGGUUCUGCUGGAGCAAGCUGACAACAUCUGUCGCCUGCGCGAAUGCAAUCUGGGCAACCUGAUGACGGACGCAUACUUCUCGUACUACGCCGACAUGAACAGCUCCAGCCCCGACCUGUGGUCCGACGUGAACGGUGCCGUGCUCAACGGGGGAACCAUUAGAGCCCCGAUGGAACAAGGGAGUGAGGAAGCUUUUACAACGUUGUACCUUUGACUGUCUAAAGACGCAAGUUAGCUUUGGGCAAG